ACGUACUGGUUGACGUUGACAGUCUGGAGGACACUUCCUGAUGCUGCUGCCCGGGUCUAGCUAGGCUAGCUAAUAGAUUAGAUUUUCACGGUUUGGGGAAACCCGUGAAAUACACCGUGGUCAAGUCGUCUGGUUCAGUGCUGGGAGCAGAAGAGGUCAGACGGCACCAUGAACGGCCAGCUGGACCUGAGCGGGAAGCUGAUCAUCAAAGCCCAGUUGGGUGACGACAUCCGACGCAUUCCCAUCCAUAAUGAAGACAUUACCUAUGAUGAGCUGGUGCUCAUGAUGCAGCGUGUCUUCAGGGGAAAGCUGCAGAGUAACGACGAGGUCACUAUCAAAUACAAGGAUGAAGAUGAUGACCUCAUUACCAUUUUUGACAGCUCUGACCUCUCAUUCGCCAUCCAGUGUAGUAGAAUACUCAAACUGACUUUGUUUGUUAAUGGUCAGCCGCGGCCUUUGGAGUCCAGUCAGGUAAAGUACCUGCGCAGGGAGCUCAUUGAGCUCAGGAAUAAAGUCAACAACCUCCUUGAUACCCUGGAGCCCCCGACAGAGCCUGGUCUGGCUGCUACAGCCCCAGACAGUGAAUCAGUGGAUGGGCGUGAAGGAAAAGUUGUGACAGCUGACCCCACAGUGAAACAGGCCACUCCAGUCAGUGCAGCCAGUAUGUCGGCCUUUGAUCCAUUAAAAAACCAGGAUGAGGUCAACAAGAAUGUCAUCUCCUCUUUUGGCCUGAGCGAGGACCAGGCCCCAGCUCCCCCAGCAGUUGCAGCAGAGGAGCGUUCAGGAACCCCUGACAGCAUUGCUUCUUCCUCAUCUGCAGCGCCUCAGCCAGGAGUGCCCCCUCAGCCACAGGCUCCAUAUGCUGGAGUGCAGCAGGGACCCCCAGCGGGCAUGGAUGGUCAAGUGUACCAACAAUACCAAGCUCCAGGUGGAUACCCUCCUCAGCAGCCAGGUGCCCCACCUCAGCAGCAGUACAGUAUGCAGUACCCUGCUGGAUACAACCCUCAGCCCGGAGCCCCUCCACAGCCGCAGCAGCAGUUCCAGAACUAUGCUCCUCCCUCCUCGCAGGCUCCAGCUCCUGGUGCAGCGCCAGCAGCAGGUUUCCAGGGUGGGCAGCAGCAGACCCAUCCACCUCAGGGCACCCAGCAGUACCCACCAGGAGCAUUCCCACCACAAAACUACACCUCCCAGGCCUCCCAACCUGCUAACUACACCAUGCCGCCCAACUCCCAGCCCGGCUCAGGGUUCCAGCCCCGCCCAGGAUAUACCCCGCCUCCAGGCAACACUGUCACCCCUCCACCCGGAGCUGCCAACCCUUAUGCCCGAAACCGCCCCCCUUAUGGCCAGGGCUACACUCAACCGGGACCUGGGUACCGGUAAAAUAAGAUAGCAGAUGUUACUGAUCCCAUCAUCAUCCUAUAUGUGGCUCCAACUGUUUGAAGUGGGUGCAGAAAUCUGGUUUACUGCCCUGCACCUUCCCUCUUGCCCUACCCUUGUACAAUUAUCAAAUCCAAAUUUAAAAAAGCACCCCCAUCCCGAGUCUGAUGGUUAGUGUUUGUACGCUAUCGCUCCAACACACCACUCUGUUCUGGCCCCGGUGUAUGCUCCUUGUGUUAUUUUUCCCGUCUUUUCCCUCCAGUUCCGUCGUCUGCUCGGCCCUCUUGUGUCUGCCGUGGUAAAAAAUGUAACCAGUCUGUAUGCACACACAUGGAAAACCAAAACAGGCUGUUGCACAAACUGUUUGUCCUUUCCAUGGUAACUCUUCAUUUCGAGAGAAGGAUCAGCAUUCAGUCUGCAUUAACAGCAAAAGUCUUUGUCUUGAAUUUCCUCAGCAUAGAUGCGUUCAUAAAACACUAUCUCGAUGAAAAGUUACCCCUUAGUCAUGUUUUAUUUUAUUCUUUUUGAUCAAUUUCACCACCGUGUCGGUAUUAAUGAUGUGUCAGUGAUGGUGGGGAACACUAGCUAAGUGAUGGCCUAUGGGAGGUAUAGAUCCCUGUGUCACGAAGAGGACUUUUUUUUGUUUAGCUUCUAAUAUCACCUCCAGUAAAGCUAGCUCUUUCUUUCUUUCUCUUAUCACUGGUUUUUACUAAUAUCAAAUCAAAUUGCUCCUUCAAGUGAGAUUAGUUGUUUAUGUAUAAACUGUAACAUUUAUUUCUCUGACCUAAUAAAUGAUUGAGACCCA